CUCGGCUGGGUUCCCCACUUGCCCUCCACGGAACACUUCCUUGCUCAGGUCGAACGAGACGAGCUCGAAUACAUAGCGCAACGGGUGGCUCCACCAAUACAACUUCCCGUUGAAACACCGAGCGACCUCGGGAGGCGGAACCAGGGGAAGGAAAGGGCCUCCAUGGAUUUCCUUCCACGAAUCGGUCGUCAAGCUAUACAGCUCCACGAAGAAGCAGUCCAUCGGACUCGCUUGAUCUUCGAAAUAGUUUAUUCUUCUGACGACUUUGUAGUCGUUCGUUUCCGGGUCGAAUCCAAAUCCAACUGUAUUAACCCAGGCACUCGU